UCAGUAACCAUGGAGACCAGACGACAACCGUAAAGCGAUGGCAGGUCGGCGUUUUUGCGGAGCUAAGCUAACAAAGUACACUUGACGACGACGGCGAGGACAAUCAAACACAGAGCCAAGUACGCCAAAGUCAGCCUUCAAGAAAAACAACUGAUUGUCACAGAAUUCAAAGGCAGUAGGAUCCAUCCAUCCAUCCAUCCAUCCAUUUUCUACAAUAGGAUGUGUUGACAAAAGCCAGAAACAAAAAGGAUGCGACAGUGAAAGUUAGAUUUAUUUUGGCUCUUGCUUCAAAGUCUUUUUCCCAGUUUGUCAAGCAGUGCAUUCUGAAGUUGCCACCGAGGACAGCCAUCAUGUGGUCCUUCGUGAGGAUGAACUUGAAACCCCUGAUCAAAGGGAUGGAGACGGUCAUGGAGACCGACAGCGAGCAGCAAUCGGAUAGUGAAGACGAGGACGAUGAGGACGAAAGGAAAGUGAAAGUAAAGGAGUCUCCUCCAAGUGAAUACCUGUCCACUCCAACCCUUCCCGACUCAUAUAGGCGCAACUCCCCUGGCGAGGUCCGCCUGUUGGCCAUCGCCGACAGCUUCCAGCGGCAGUAUCGUCUUUUGUGUUCCGAGCGCAAGCCUCUGCUGCUCUUCCCCAUGAACGAAUGUGGCGUCAAGAAGUUUGUGUCAACCACGCUGCGACCCACCAUGACCAGCCACCCGGAGCUGCUCUACUGGGAAGGAUGCGCUUCGUUUGUGGCCGACUUCCUGUCUCUGACUCCUCUGGAGCCGCCUGGAGAGCUGCCCAAGUUCUUCUUCUCGGCCACGUCGGUGCUGCACAGUCAGACGGCCACGUGUUUCGAGUACUCCGCCGUGCUCUGCAGUCUCCUGCUGGGCGCCAACUACGACGCCUACUGCGUCAGCGGCUACGCUAGCAAGGAGAUGUGCCUGCUGGACCAGCGCCUUCAAGAGUGCCACCUGCUGGACAACCAGGCCAAGGUGGAGGGCGCCGAGGCGAAAAGCGAGAGCGACAACGCGCUGAAGCGGGAGGUGAAGAGCCGCUUCUUGACCAACCAGGCCGAAAAAGAACGGGAAGAAGCCGAGGCCAAAUCCAAGAAGCACGAGGAAGAACCCCAGCCUGCUGUUGACUCCCUGAGGGGCCUGCGAGUCCACUGCUGGGUUCUGGUCCUGGCCGGGUGUCGCAGCGUCCAGGAGAACUUCUUCAUCGACCCGCUCACAGGAAGGAGCUACAGCACCACGCACGACCACUUCCUGGGGGUGGAGAGCGUGUGGAACAACCUCAACUACUACGUCAACAUGCAGGACUGCAAGGACGUCUGCACUGAAAUAGUGUAUGAUCUUCAUGACAUCCGGCUGUGGGAGCCAGUCUUGUUCGGGGCCAUCAGCAAGAGACAAAUGUACCUCAACAUCCUCAAGAGGAAGGAGAUGAAGAUGAUGGGCAUGACUUGGGAGGACGAGGAGGAAGAGGAGGAUCGAGUGUUUGAGAUGCCCAGGUCGUGGGUCUCGUACAUCAGCAUCUCCAAAGAAGACUUGGAGACGCGCUGGCCAGGAAGCAGGAAGUUGACGUGCUACAAGAAAACUGAGCUGAAAACGUUCGCCCCUUACCUGCGACUCAACGGGCUGGUGACGCGACUGACCACCUUCAAGGACUUUGACUGCAAAGAGGUGGUGACGGUGAAAGAGUGGUACAAGGACAGGAACGACCACCUGAAGGAGCGAGAAGUCAACAAAGUGACGGGCAUCACCAUCGAGCGCUUCACGCCAGGACGGCAGUUCCACCUUUUAUUCCACAGGUUCACCACCGCGCCAACACAGGGCACCGAGCACGAGAUGGAGUUCAGCGGCGCUCGUGUGGACGGUCUGGUGCGACGCGUGGACAAGACGGAGGAAAUGACGGAGACCUUCGAGGGCCGCGAGGACUUCCUGUACUAUCGCCACGUGGUCUUCGGACACCUCCCGGAGCCGGAGGACGAGGACGCCGACACGGAGACGGAAGAGCGGCCCCUGCUGAAGGUGGUGGAGCGCUUCCACAGGAACCCCCAGAAGGACGCCAACGAGGACGUGGCCGAGCGAGUCUUCUUGUCGCCGCAGAGGAAGAUGGAGGUGACGUACCACCUGGAGGAGCACAGGUUCGUACCCUGCACCAGGACCUUCCUCAAACCGCGGGAGUCGGACGACUUCAAGGCCGACAUGGUCGCCGGCUUCCACGUGGACCCGGUUCAGAAGCCUCUGCACACGCUGGCUCUCUACAAGCUGCUCUCGGCGCUGGUGGAGGCCGAGAAGGACACGGCUGAGCAGAUCAAGUGUUCCAAGAAAGAGGUGGGGGCUCAAAUCACUGAUCACAUGACACACAACUGCAGAGAGUGCUAG